GUUGGGGGGGAGGUGUCGCGGAGAACCGCAAAAUCUACGAGGCAUCAGUGGCGCGCGGACGUUGCCGCCUUCCUUCCGCUGACGGGCGCGCGCCAUUCAAUCAGCUUUUCGGUAAAGAUGAGCUCGUGCAGCAGCCGGGCUCUCACGCUGCUCUCCUCAGUGUUCGGAGCCUGUGGUCUGCUCCUCGUCGGUGUAGCUGUCUCCACUGACUACUGGCUGCUGAUGGAGGAGGGCAUCGUGCUUCAGCAGAACCAAAGCCUGGAAGUCAAGAUGGCGUUGCACUCGGGCCUGUGGAGAGUCUGCUUUGUGGCUGGAACGGAGAAAGGGAGAUGUGUUGCUUCAGAAUAUUUCACAGAGCCAGAAAUUGAGAUCACGACUGAAAACACUGCAAAUAUUUUAAAGAUGGUGAGGACAGCCACACCUUUCCCCAUGGUGUCCCUGCUCUUUGUCUUCACUGGCUUUGUCAUUAGCAACAUUGGUCACAUCCGCCCUCAGCGGACAAUUCUAGCUUUUGUUUCGGGUAUUUUCUUCAUUCUGUCAGGGCUCAGUCUGGUGGUGGGGCUGGUGCUCUACAUCUCCUGCAUCAAUGACGAGGUGAUGAACAGGCCACGGGAGCCCGAACAGUUCUUCCACUACCGCUACGGCUGGUCUUUUGCCUUUGCCGCCAGCUCUUUCCUGCUCAAAGAGGGUGCAGGGGUGAUGUCUGUUUACCUCUUCAUGAAGCGCUAUGCAGAGGAGGAAAUGUACCGUCCUCAUCCAGCCCUCUACCGCCCCCGCUUGUCAGAGUGUAGUGAUUACAGUGGGCAGUUCUUGCACCCAGAGUCUUGGCCUCCUCCGCAGAGAGGCCGCAGUGCAUCAGAGGUCUCCAGUGAUAUUUCCAUCCAGCUCAAUCAGACUCCACCACCUCCACCUCCACCCAAAAACAAUCCUCAGCAGAAUGCCCCUGCAGGGGCAAUUGGGGCUUCCUCAGGCUCCUCCUCUGGGCCCAGCUACCAGAUGCCACCUCCAUCGUCAUAUCCCUCCCACUCUCACUCUGUCCAUUCCACCCACACCCUCUCCCAUGCCCCCACUUCUAUGCCCAUCAGUUCCCCUCAAGUGCUCCCCCUUGCCGUGCCCCCACCCAGGUACCACACGCACCUCCGGAUGAGCGCCUCUCCCUGUUAGAGCAUGGCAGUUGGGGUUAAAGGGGGGGUCACAACAGAUAGAGUGCAAAACAUUACUCCACGGAUACAUACGAGGGGAUGGGGAGGCGGGCACAGGGAGCUUUACUGAAGGAAGAUUGAAGGUUACAGGGAGAGAUGGAGAAUGUACCAGACCCUAGAAUAUAUGGGGAGGACAUGAAUUACCGCAGUAAGGAUUUACACAUUUGCUGAAGGGGAGUAAGUGGAUCAGGCAGAGAGAAAGCAGGAAAAGGAGGAAAAAUGAAGGGAGACUGAACACCAUGAGACAGGUUUGUACUUUCACAUGAAAUUUACACUGCAAAAUACAAUUACAC